AUGGCACCGUGCAGUCGAAUCAACUCACUCCAAGUCGCAGUGAUCGGAGCAGGAUCCGCCGGACUCGCAGCUGCACGAGAGCUACACCGCGAGUCUCACUCCGUCGUAGUCUUCGAACGCCAGUCACAAGUCGGAGGUCUAUGGGUAUACACACCAAAAAGCGAACCCGACCCGCUUAGCCUGGAUCCUAACCGAACCAUCGUCCACUCGAGCGUCUACGAAUCGCUCCGCACCAACCUUCCCAGAGAGUGCAUGGGUUUCAGAGACUUCCCUUUCGUGCCCCGACCCGAAGACGGCGAAUCCAGAGACCCGAGAAGGUACCCGAGUCACAGCGAAGUCCUCGCGUAUCUUCAGGAUUUCGCCAGAGAAUUCAAAAUCGAGGAGAUGGUUCGGUUCGAGACUGAAGUGGUUCUUGUCGAGGCCCAAGGCCGGAAAUGGAGGAUCCAGUCAAGAAAUUCCGAUGGGACCUAUGGCGAUGAGAUCUUCGAUGCCGUCGUCGUUUGCAGUGGACACUAUACAGAGCCUCGACUUGCUCAUGUUCCUGGCAUCGAUUCAUGGCCAGGCAAGCAGAUUCACAGCCACAACUAUCGUGUUCCUGAUCCAUUUAAAGACCAGGUGGUGGUAGUGAUAGGAAAUUUCGCAAGUGGAUCCGAUAUCAGUAGGGACAUAACAGGACUCGCCAAAGAAGUCCAUAUCUCGUCUAGAUCGAAUCCACCUGAGACUUACGAAAAGCUUCCUGGCUCCAACAAUCUAUGGCUUCACUCUAUGAUAGAAACCGCACGCGAUGAUGGUUCGAUUGUCUUCCAGAACGGUAAAGUUGUACAAGCAGAUACCAUCGUGCAUUGCACAGGUUACAAAUACCACUUCCCAUUUCUCAACACCAAUGACUACAUCACAGUCGAUGACAACUGUGUUGGACCGCUUUACAAACACGUGUUCCCUCCUGCGCUUGCUCCUGGUCUCUCCUUCAUCGGUUUAGCAUGGAUGUCACUGCAUUUUUUCUUGGUUGAGCUCCAAAGCAAGUGGGUGGCUUCAGUUUUGUCUGGUCGAGUCACGUUACCUUCACAAGACGAAAUGAUGGAAGACGUCAACGACUUCUGCGCAAUGCUUGAUGCUAAUGGGAUUCCAAAGAGGUACACACAUCGUCUCGGUACGUUUCAGGUUGAUUACCUCAACUGGUUAGCCGAGCAAACCUGUGCACCGCACGUUGAGCAAUGGAGAAUCCAGCAAGUAGAAGGCGCUUAUCGGAGAUUCGCCACGGAAUCAGACACUUUCCGUGAUAAGUGGGACGAUGUUCAUCUCGUAGCUGAGUGUUAUGAGGACUUCUUGAGACAGAAACUGAUUAGUCUUCUUCCUUCUCAGUUCUUGAAAACCAAAAGCUCUUAA